AUGAGCAUCGACACGGCGUGCUCGUCAUCCCUAGUUGCGCUUGAUGCAGCUAGCGAGAAACUUCGGCGCUGGAAAUGCCCGGUGCAAGACGUUUGA